GUAACUGCUCGUUACAAGCAGUUACUUCUAAGACUACUAGUUAGUAUUCAGUUAUUCACAGAAGGUUACAAUAUUUCCCUCUCAUUCCUAGUUUGAAUUACACUAUUAGUUGUUUUCCUAUAAACAUCCUGAUUGCUGCAACUGAUGAACAAAUAUAAUAUUUUAAUUCCAUAUUUUAUAAACUAUCAGUAACAGAUUAUUUUCAGCAAUGCACCCCAAAACAUUGUCCAUUAGCACCCAUCAUCUUGUUUUGAUGGCAAAUGUCAAAGAUGCACCUUUUAAGUGUUUAUCAUGUAAAAAGGUUUUCAUUAGUGAAAACCACCUCAAGCGUCAUGAAGAUAGAAGACAUAAUUCAAUAAAUCUUUCAAGUCCUUCCGAGCAAGUAAAGGAAGGCUCUCUCCAUGAAACUGCUAAUGAAUCGACAAUUAAGGCUGUAUUGAAUGCCACUGAAAGGAUAGAAGAUCUGCUGGUAAAACUAGCCAUUAGGGAAAAUGAAAAAAGCCCUGAUAUUCCUAUGGUAUACGGCUCACCUCAGAGUAACAAUGAAUAUUCUGUAGUUACUUCAAGUUCUUCCAGCUCUGAAAAAAAUUUUGAAAAUUUCAAAUACAUUUCAAAUGAAAAUGUAUCCAAUAAAAAACAAAUGGAAAAAUCUAAGUUGGAAAACAAUGAAAUGAGCCGCUUUCAAGUUACUCCAGUUACAUCAGAGUCUGUAAAUCCUAAAAAUCAUGAACGAAAUAUUGGAAGGUACGAGCGCUUCUCGAAUGAGGGCAAAUCUAAUAAAAAACAUUUUAUUCCUAUGACAUAUUACUCACCUAGGAGUAAUAUCGACAAUUCUCUAGUUACUUCUAAUUCUUUAAGCACUGAACAAAUUGUUGAACAUUAUAAAUUCCUUUUAAAUGAUAGUCUAUCCAGUAGAAACGAAAUGGAGACAGCUAAGUCACCGUUCAAUCUAAAGAGAAAUUUUAAAGAUGUUUCAUUCAUUUCUGAUUUAACCACAACUGACAAAAAUAAAGUAAAUAUUGAAAAUUGUGGAUCCUCCUCAAAUGAGAGUAUAUCCAAUAAAAAAAUAAAACAGAUAAACAAGUUGAAAUCUAAUGAAAGGACCAAUUGUAAAGAUAAUUCAGUUAUUUCUAAUACUAUCAGUACUGAUAUGAAUGAACUAAUUAUUGAAAAUUGUGAAUACUCUUCAAAUGCGAGUACAUCUAAUAAAAAACUAAAAGAGAAUUCCAGGUUGAAAUUCCAUGAAGGAAGCAAUUUUAAAGAUACUUUAGUCAUUCCUAAUACUAACACUGCAGAUAAAAAUGAACUGAUUAUGAAUGAAAAUUGCGAAUACUCCUCAAUUGAGAGUACAUCCAACAAAAAACCUGAGUUACAAUUCAAUAAAAGGAGUAAUUGUGAAAAUGCUUCAAUUACUUCUAACACUAUUUCUACUGAUAAAUAUGAAGUAAUAAUGAAUGAAAAUCAUGUAAACUCCUCAAACGAGAGCAUGUCCAAUGAACAACUAAAGGAGAUACCGAGGUUGAAAUCCAAUCAAACGACCGACUGUAAAGAUAUUAUAGUCAUUCCUAAUAUCAUUACUGAUAAAAAUGAACUAAUGAUGAAUGAAAAUCAUGAAAACUCCUCAAACAAGAGCAUGUCUAAUGAAAAACUUAAGGAAAUACCCAGGUUGAAAUCCAUUGAAAGAAUUAAUUGUAAAGAUGCAGUCAUUCCUAAUACUAUCAGUACUGAUAAAAAUAAACUAAUUAUGAAUGAAAAUCAUGGAAACUCCUCAAACGAGAGUAUGUCCAAUGGAAAAGUUAAUGAGAUACACAGGUUGAAAUCCAUUGAAAGAACUAAUUGUAAAGAUGCAGUCAUUCCUAAUACUAUCGGUACUGAUAAAAAUAAACUAAUUAUGAAUGAAAAUCGUGAAAAUUUCUCUAACGAGAGUACAUCUAGUAAACAACUAAAGGAGACACCUAGGUUAAAAUCCAAUGAAAGGAUAUGUUAUAAAGAUGCUUCAAUAAAUACUGAUAAAAAUGAACUAAUUAUAGGUGAAAUCCACAAAAACCUUUCAAAUGAGAGUAUGUUCAAUAAAAAACUAAAGCAGAUAUUCAGUUUUAAAUUCCAUGACAGAAGCACUUAUAAAGAUGCUUCACUCAUUUCUAAUACUAUCUCUACAGACAAAAAUAAAGUCAAUAUUCCAAAUUUCGGAUACUCCUCAAAUGAGAAUACAUCCAAUAAGAAAUUAAAGAAGAUACCCAAGUUGAAAUCCAAUGAAAGGACCAAUUGUAAAGAUGCCCCAGUUAUUUCUAAUACUAUCAGUACUGAUAUAAAUGAACUAAUUAUUGAAAAUUGUGAUUACUCCUCAAAUGAGAGCACAUCUGUUAAAAAACCAAAGGAAAUACAGGGAUUAACAUUCCAUGAAAGAAGCAAUUUCGUAAAUGUUUCAGGUUUAACCAAUAUUAUUACUACUGAUAAAAAUGAAAUAGUUAUUGGAAAUCAUGAAAACUCUUCUAACGAGAGUACAUCUAAUAAAAAACUAAAUGAGACAACAGAGUUGAAAUUCAAUGAAAAGAGCAAUCUUAAAGGUGCUUCAGUUAUUUCGAAUACUAUCACUGCUGAUAAAAAUAAACAAAUUAUGAAUGAAAACUCCUCAAAUGUGAGUAUAUCUAAUAAAAAAUUAAAAGAAACAACUGAAUUGAAAUUCAAUGAAAGUAGCAAUUUUAAGGACGCUUCAGUUAUUUCUAAUAUUUUUAUUGCUGAUAAAAAUAAACAAAUUAUGAAUGAAGAUUGUGAAAACUCAAAUGAGAGUAUAUUCAAUAAACAACUAAAGGAAACAAUUGAAUUGAAAUUCAAUGAUAGAAGAAAUUUCAAAGAUGAUACAAACGUUUCUAAUGCUACCUGUAUGGAUAAAAAUGAAUUAAUUAACCAAAAUUGUGAAUAUUCCUCAAGUGAGAGUACAUCCAACGAGCAGCUAAAGGAGACACCCUCGUUGAAAUUUCAUGAAAGGAGCAGUUUUAAAGAUACUCCAGUUAUCCCUAAUUCUGUCGCAACUGAUAAAACUGAAGAAAUUAUUGAAAAUUAUGAAUAUUCCUCAAACGAGAGUACAUCCGAUGAAGAUCUUAUGGAUAUAGCUGAAUUACAUGAAAGUAGUGUUUUAGAAGAUUUUCAAGUUGCCUCUGAUUCUUUUACUUUAGGAAAAAGUGAACAAAAUAUGGAAAGUUAUGAAUGCAUUUCGAAUUAUAGUGGAUCUAAUAAGAAGCAAAAGGAGAUAGCUGGGUUAAAAUACAAUCAAAAGAAUGAUUUUGGAGAUAUUCAACUUGCUUCUAAUUCUUUUACUCUAGAAAAAAGUGAACAAAAUAUGGAAAGUUCUGGACGCAUCUCUAUUCAUAGCAUUCCUUUUAAAAAAUCCAAGCAGAUAACAAAAAUGACAUGUAGUGAUUUCCUUGAAGAGCAGGAAAACAACGCCAUAUGGAGAAUAACUUCUUCUAUAAAAUCUAGUAAUUAUUCUCUUGAAGUGUUAGACCCGAUAUAUCCUGGAAAUGAUCGUGGAAGUGAGAUAAAUGAUUUAAUCGUUCCUCAUAAUGAUUUUUUUAUUGAAGGAAGACCUGUGAUAAAAUCCCGUUCCAGUUUAAAAUCAGAAGUAUUAAGAAAAUUAGAUAGUAAAUUGGAAUCAUACGGUGUUGAUGCUAGUCAAAAUACACUUUCAGAUAAAGAUGUGAAGAGGAUUGGAGAUUUGUUAAAAGAAGAAAGAGAUUGUUUAGCUGAGAAAAUACCUGAUUACCAUAAAUUAAGGCAAUUGAUUAAGGAUAAUGCUCACAGAAGGAUUGAAGAAAAUCUAAGAGUCCACCACAGUACUUAUGUUUCUUGAACAGGAUUUGUUCUGCAGAGAUAAAUACGCUAUGUUGUUUAUAAACUUUUAUUAUGAAUAAUAUAUUUGGCAAAGUAUAUUCUUUUCUAGUUGAUUUGAAAUAUAUAUUUUUCUUUAACAUUUUAAUUAUUUA